UGUAUGGCACGUACACUUUAUUAAGCGUCUUCCCGCGCCCCAUCCUUCUCAGUCCCUCUGCUCUUCGGCGGUAGCUGUCCAUCUGGCCCUUUUACUGAACUUCUGGGACUCAAAUUCACUGCCAUGUCCUCUGAAGAAGGGAAGCUCUUUGUUGGAGGGCUCAACUUCAACACCGAUGAGCAAGCUCUGGAAGAUCACUUCAGCAGCUUCGGUCCAAUUUCUGAGGUGGUCGUCGUCAAGGACCGGGAGACUCAGCGAUCCCGGGGUUUUGGCUUCAUUACCUUCACCAAUCCAGAGCAUGCCUCAGAUGCCAUGAGAGCCAUGAAUGGAGAGUCUCUGGAUGGUCGCCAGAUCCGUGUGGACCACGCGGGCAAGUCAGCCCGUGGAACCAGAGGAGGUGCCUUUGGGGCCCGUGGGCGUGGUCGCAGUUACUCUAGAGGUGGCGGGGACCAGAGCUAUGGGAGUGGCAGGUAUGACAGUCGACCUGGAGGAUAUGGAUAUGGAUACGGAUAUGGAAGGUCCAGAGACUAUGGCGGCAGAAGCCAGGGUGGUUAUGACCGCUACUCAGGAGGAAAUUACAGAGACAAUUAUGACAACUGAGAUGAGGCAUGCACACCUAAUGUAGAUACACAAGGAAUAAAACUUCUGAUCCAGGAUCAUCCUUCCAAAUGGCUGUAUUUAUAAAGAGUUUUGGAGCUGCACUGAAACAUCUGUUUUAGUAUAUAAACAUAUUUUUAAAUUGAGCUCCCAAGGUAGCUUGUCAAAGACCUUUUAGAAAGUUUUGUGUUUUUAUUUUUAGUUUUUUCUCCCAUUUAAAGACAAAUUCUGGGGCAUUUAGUUUGGGCUCUCAGGAUUGGUUCUGGAAAAAAAUUUUUUAAAAAGUGUGACCAGACUUUAUCCCCCCCCCCAACCAGAAAUAAUGUGUAUCUAGGGACAUUUUAAAUACAUACAUAGUGUUUACCAUGGUUAGGAAGCAAUUUCCAAAUGUAACUACAAGACAUUAAAACGUGAUUACAUAGAGGUGGUGUUUUUUUAAUUGAAGAUCACUGCCCUGCUAUAUAGAUGUUUCUUACAAUACUUGUGAAUGUCAUAUUUUUUUAAUACCGGAAGAAAAAAAUACCCUGUUGUGUUUCGUGUAGCAUUUAGGAUGUCCUUCAUGGAGCUGAUUAAAAAGAUGAAACCUGAAAAA